AUGACGAUCCUCGACACGCUGAAGGGCUUCAUUGAAGCGGCCUUCACACCCUCGCCCACCGUAAUCACCAUUGGACUACUCAUCGUCCUCCUAGUCCCCGUCCUCCUGCACGUUCUCUACUCAGCAACAACACCCUACACGACCCUCCCCUCCGUCCUCCUCCUCGGCCCAUCAGGAGCAGGCAAAACCGCCCUCCUCACCCUCUUCGAGCGCGGCCCCUUCUACAAACCCGACCAACCCGCCUCCAAUUCCCCCACCGACGACGGAAAACCCUCCGUCCCGACCCCCGUCGCAAGAACCCACACCUCGCAAACCCCAUCAACCGUCGAGCUCGCCGUGUCCUCGGACCCCUCCGCUCACAGCUACACCACCGACCUCGACGCCGCCGGCGCGACAGCGACUAAAUUCCUCCUCGUCGAUACCCCCGGCCAUCCCAAACUCCGCCGACACGCGCUCACCGCCCUGUCCCGUCCCAACCCGACCAUCGUGCCCUCCGCCUUCUCCGCCUCCCUCUCAUCCAAGAACAACAAGAACAGCACAAGCAGCAGCAGCGAAACCCAUAAAUCGAAACUCAAGGCCCUAGUCUUCGUCGUCGACGCCGCGGCGCUGGCAGACUCCGACUCCGGUUCGCUGGCAUCGACCGCUGAAUACCUCUACGACGUGCUCCUGACGCUGCAGCAACGGUUUGAUCGCCAGCGCCGCGGCGGUGCCCGCGCCCCGGCUAGUGUCCCGGUGCUUGUGGCGGCGAAUAAGUUGGACUUGUUCACGGCGUUGCCGGCGGGGUUGGUCAAGAGCCAGUUGGAGGGGGAGUUGGGCCGGAUUCGGAAGACGAGGAGUAAGGGGUUGUUGGACUCGGGUGAGGGAGAUGCGUUGGAUGGCCCUGGGGGUGAUGAGGAGGAGGGGUGGUUGGGAAGUUAUGGGGCGGAGAAGUUUUCGUUUGAUGAGAUGAGGGAGUUUGAUGUGGAGGUGGAAGUGGUAGGCGGGAAUGUGUUUGGGGAUGGACCUGGUGCUGAGAAGUGGUGGCGGUGGAUUGGGGACCGGGUCUAG